UUUCAUUUCCAAACCAACCAAAACCCGGCGGGCUAAGUGAACAGGGAACGGCUAGUAUUAGAAAUCGUAAUUUUUUUUAAAAGAGAAAAUUAUUAUUUUAAUAAUUAUUUAAAGGUGUUUAACAUCAUAUGAAAUUUAUACACUUUUCAACAUGACUGAAAAGGAUAAUGAUGCUGAAACCAUUUUAUCGCUCAAGAAGAAACUUAAAGCAAGGGAUAAAGAGUUGAAUAUGGCUGCUACAUACGGGCAACAACUUCUCGAUCUAAAAGCUGAAGCUCUGAGUCAAAUAGAGGUUUUAAAGCAAGAAAAAUAUUCACUGCAGCUGAAGCUGCAAACUGAAACGCAAUCAGUUACAACACAAGCGUCGGAAAUUGAAAUGUAUAUGAAGGAAGUGGAUUGUUUAAAGAAAGAAAAUGCUUCCUUAGAGAAGGAAUCAUCCCUUCUAAAGCAAAGAAAUGACAAUAGUGUAAAAGAGAAGCAGGAUUUAGAAAAGAUGAUUGAGGAUUUACAGCUGGAGAACUCUACUAUUAAAAGUAAGGUUGCUAUUCUAGAACAACAAGUGGAAAUGCUCAAAAAUGUUUCGUUCGUGAAUGAUACAAGAUGUGAAGAAGAUCUUCCUGAUGUGAAUGAAUUAAUUUCAAAAAUUAAAACUUUGGAAAAUGCUACAAGGGAACUUCAAAAUGAACUGGAAUCUUCUAAACUGAGUGAGAAAAGAUUGAUGCAGACAGUUAAGGAGUUGGAAGAGGCUGUAUCAGACAGAGAUAAAAAUCUCUCUUCUGAAGUGCAGCGUAUUGCAGACCUUCAGGAGACUAUUGCUGAACUAAAGUGCGAAAUCGAAACUUUAAAACUUGGCCAACUCAAUGUAAAUCGUCAAGGAAAUUCUAUGUUUGCUGAGCUUGAUGAUCGAAGAAAGAAUGUUGAACAACAGUACAAGGAUUUGAGUAAAACGUAUGCAAACGUGCUGAAAAAUUAUGAAAAAAAUAAAAAAGAGCUCAUGAGCUGUAAGGGACAACUAUCAAUUUUGGCAUGUAGUACUAGUAAAAAGCACCAGGAAGAUCAAAUUAAAAAGCUAAGAGGAAUGCUUGCCGAUGCUAUGCAUAAAAAGAGGGAACUGAGUGAAAAAUUGUCUCAAGCAGAGAAAGCUCUACUGAAUAAACCACAAGUUCCUGUGAAAGGAGACCAAUACAACUACUUGAGAGUCUUAAAUCAACAGGCUGAAGAGAAAACUACGAAAGUUGAAAAUGAAUUGAUUUGUGAAAGAAUGCGAGCCAUGGAUUUCGAGAAUAGACUUUUUAAUUCAUUAAAAGAACUCUAUGAUUGCCAAGAGUCCUUACAAGCACUGAAAAGUGAAAAUCUAGCACUAAAGCAAGAAAUAAAAGAAAUCAAAUCCAAAUUUGAUGUUUGUGUUUCAGAGCCUUCUGAAUCGAAGAAAGAUAUGCCUGGAUUUGAGUCCAAUCGUGAAUGUAAAACACUUGUUCAAACAGAUAUGAAAGAAAAUAUUGUACCACAAGGAGAAGAUGAUAUCAAUCCAAGGGAAUUGAUAAGUGAAAAUGGAUUUAUGGGGAUGAAACAACCCAGAAUUUCUAACAAAGCAAAGCUGCAUAGUUUCCAUUCCUUGCCAAAGUCUGAAAUCAAGCAUUUGAAUGAUCUACCUGUUGAAUCCUCACUAAAGGUUAUGAAUAAUCAAAAUAAUGAAUUAAUAACUGUUACUAAUGAAAAUUCAGAGCCUUCAAAUAUUCCUGAAAUCAAGAAAAGCAACUGUGCCCAGCAGUGAUUAGAAUACUUCUGCUAAGAUUUUUAAUAUAUUGUGUAUUAAUUUAGUUCACUUUUUGUUUAUUUUACAUUGUUGAAUGUUCUACAAAUUCACAACCUAUUUUAAAUUUUCAUUGAAAAAUAUCUAGUUUGGGUCAUGGUAUUUAGCACAAUAUGGAGAACCUGAAAAAUUCAAUAAAAUUUUUUAAACUUCUGAAAAAACUAAGAAAGCAAAAAUAAAAAAAAACUAAUUUCUGAAAAGAGUUACAGAAUUUUUUAAUUUCGAAAUUAAUGAAAUUUAAAUUUUUUGAUGUAAAAAAAUUUUUCCUCUUGCCAAUUAUGAGUCAAGAAUUAGAAUCCACUAAAAAAAAAAAAAGAAAAUAUUUAUAGGUCAUUUUGUUUCUUAAAAUGUACAUUUGAAAAAAUCACCUAUCUAAAUGUUGACUUUGUUACAGAAUAAAAUAUCAUUUCAUCAUGAUAAUGUCUUACAUCAAAUCAAUUUGCAUAGUAAUAACAAUGGUUUCAUUGUUGCUCAUAUUAUGGCGAUCCUUAAUUUAUAUAGGGUCCUGCAUAAAUAAUUUUUAGAUUAAAAAAUAUGGUAAUUGAAAUUUUAAAUUUUCACGAGCAACUGUGAUAACUUAUUUUUAUUUAGGUUCAAAUUAGUCACUCUUUUUGGUAAUACUCUUAUAUUUAAAUAACAAGGAGUUACAGAACAAUUAGACUCUUUUACUUUUUUUAUGUAGCUAUUUUCUGUUUUUGAAAUUAUAUUUUUAUCAUUAGUUCUAUUUUUACUCGAUUUUUAAAUUGUCAGGAGAAGGUGGUUGUUUUCUCAAGAUGUUACACAAUAUCUGGAAUGAUUUGAAUGUGGUGUUGAAUGUUUAUGUGUUGUCUUAUUUUUAGAAAGUUUUAAUUUGUGAUGCAUUGAAUUAGCUAGUUGUAUAUAUUUCUUCCAAUUUGCCAUCAUUUUCAAAUAAAUAUUUCUAUACUAUUUUA